AAUAAUCGUCAUUUUAAAUUGAAUUAAUUUCAAACCAAACCAUAUCGAUUGGCGAAUAAUGAUUUAAAUUCUCGCUUUCGGAUUCGAUUGUGGUGUGUGGCAAAACAUUCGAUUAUUGUGUUCCGUCAUAUUUGGAUGAUAUUUGUUUGUUUCGGUCAUAAUUCUUUUCGAAUCCGAACGGAAGUUAUCAUCCCACCGGAUCUAUCAACCAUUUUCUACUUUUGAUUCAUCUCAUCUCAUCAGACAAGAGAGAAGAUGGCUGAUGUAGCGAACAAGAUUAAUUUUCUCGAAUCGGAGAAUAAAUUAUUAAUGGAUCAACAGCAAAAUUAUAAAGAAUUGUGCAAAGUCCUAACACAACGACAUGUGGAAAUAUUGAAAUAUCUAAGUCAUCUGAGGAAUUUGGUGGAAAAAAUCAUGUCAUUAUCGAAAGAAAAUGUUGUUUAUGCAAAUUAUCACACCGAUAAAUCAGCAUAUGAAUCGAAUAUUAUUAAAUACGACAAACAAAUCCAAUUCCUCACCGAAUCCAUUCAAUCGUCGCAUACAAGGAUCUCUGAUAAUGAAGGAAAUCUGUUCAAAGAACAUUUGAAAUUGCUAUCGACUUCUUUGGUAGAUCUUUCUCCCAAAAACACCUCGGUCCAACAAUUGGAAACAAAUGUCCAACAACAACAGCAGCAGCAACAACAACAACAACAACAACCACAACCACAUACAGUUCUCGUAUAUCAUAGCGGUGAUUAUAGUAAUGCCCAGGAAAUCAUCAGUCAUGAGUAUUUCAAGAAAGAUUUAGCCACUGAAGUGAAAAUGAAUGAGGACGGUAUUUAUGUUCCAAAAUUGGUAUUAGAAGACAUUGAAUAUAGUAAUGCCAAUAAUGCCAAUAGUAAUAAUGUAUCAUAUCCGAUUGUGGCCAAUAAUAAUACGGUGGCAAUAAUAACAACCACAACUGCCAAUAACAUUAACAAUAAUAAUGCCAUUAGCGUUAAAAAUUCUGGCAAAUUGGCACUGUGUGAAUAUUGUGGUAAAUAUUUCAACAAACAUUAUCUUGCCUCGCAUAAACGAAGUCAUACCGGAGCACGGCCAUAUAAAUGUUCCAUACAAGGCUGCAAUCGCACAUUUACCCAGACCAGUUCCCGCAAUGUUCACGAAAAACGUGUACAUAAUGUACAGCACGCUAAACUAGAAUAUAAAUGUACCUAUUGUGAUUCUGCAUUCGAUAAUCUGUCCGAUAUGCAAAAACAUGCUCAACAACAUCAAGCUUUAAUCAAUACCGUUGUCACUCAACAAUUCGAUCAGAUCCAGGUGACGACCGUGCCUACCAUCAAAACUAAUAUCAACAACAACAUCAACGACAACAUCAAUAACAACACCAAUAACAACAUCAGCAACAACAACAUUAAUAAUAAUUGUUCUACUCCGGUCAAACGAACACGAAAAUCGGCAAAUCAUGCAGCAUCGAAUGGUCCGACUACAACACUGCAAUCAAACAAUCCGAAUGGCUAUAGACACGUUUGUCAGCAUUGUGGCAAAGCAUUCGCGUAUAAAGUGGCCAUGAAACAACAUAUGGCUUUACAUGGUCCAAAAAAUUUCCGCUGUUCAUAUGAUAAUUGCAAUUAUGCUUCAUAUUGGAAACACAAUCUUGGUCUGCAUAUGCGAAAACAUCACCAAACACCACCAUCGUCUUCUUCAUCCGGAUUGACGACAACGACGGAAACAUUGUCGGCUACCACAUCAUCUGUCGCUGCUUCCAAUGCGGCAAACCAAUGAACGAUUAUUUUGUCAAAAUAUGGCUAUCAUAUCUUUGUUGACAUUUAUUUAUAUCUUCC